CCGCCGUUUGAUGGAUCCGAGGAUCGCCUGGUUCCAGCCAGAGCAGCUCGGACCCUCCAACAGUUUGUGGAUGCAGAUUUGGGAGACCACCCAGGGGCUGAGAAACCUUUACUUUAAUCACCACUGCCACAGCAGCGGGACCGGCGGCGGCGGCGGCAGCACCGGGAGCAGCUCGGGCGGCCCCGCCUCGGCCCCCGGCCCCGCCACGGGCGGCGGCCGCCCCCCGAUCCCGGCCCCGGCCCCGGCUCCGACCGCGGCCCCGACCGCCACCGCCACCGCGGCCCCGGGCAUGGCCCGCCCCGCCGACAGGGCCGAGCGGGCCGAGCGGGCCGGCCGCCCCUCCGCGCCCGACCGCCGGGACUUCUUGCCCUUGGAGACCACCAACAAUAACAACAACCGGCGGGGCCGGGCGGCGGUGACGACGGCGGCGGCGGCGGCGGCGCCCCCCGACGCCCCCCCCGAAGCCCACCCCGACCCCGCGGCGGGCGGCGGCGGCGGCGGCGGCGGCAGCAACAAGAGGAAGCGGGACAACAAGGCCAGCACUUACGGACUCAACUACAGCGUGGGCGGCGGCCGGCAGGACGGGGGCCGGGGGCCCGACGGCCUCUACGGGGGCACCCCCUGGAAGAGGAGAAACUACCACCAGGGAGUCGUCGGCCUUCAUGAAGAAAUCAACGAUUUUUAUGAAUAUAUGUCUCCCAGACCAGAGGAAGAAAAAAUGCGAAUGGAAGUGGUGAAUAGGAUAGAAAAUGUGAUUAAGGAGCUUUGGCCUACUGCUGAUGUCCAGAUAUUCGGAAGUUUUAAAACCGGCCUGUAUCUGCCUACCAGUGACAUUGACCUUGUGGUAUUUGGGAAGUGGGAGAAUUUGCCCCUGUGGACGCUGGAGGAGGCGCUUAGAAAGCACAAGGUUGCUGAUGAACACUCUGUGAAAGUUUUAGACAAAGCAACUGUACCUAUUAUUAAACUGACAGACUCUUUCACAGAAGUCAAAGUUGAUAUCAGCUUUAAUGUGCAAAAUGGUGUAAAGGCAGCCCAUCUUAUCAAAGAUUUUACAAAGAAAUAUCCUGUAUUACCAUACCUGGUUUUAGUAUUGAAACAGUUCUUGCUGCAGAGGGACCUUAAUGAAGUUUUCACAGGUGGAAUUGGUUCUUAUAGUCUCUUUUUAAUGGCAGUCAGUUUCCUUCAGUUGCAUCCCCGGGACGACGCCUGCACCCCUGAUUCAAACUAUGGCGUUCUCUUAAUAGAAUUUUUUGAGUUGUAUGGACGUCACUUCAAUUAUCUGAAGACUGGCAUCCGGAUAAAGGGCGGGGGUUCAUAUGUGGCCAAAGAUGAUGUGCAGAAAAAUAUGCUGGAUGGCUAUAGGCCCUCAAUGCUAUAUAUCGAGGACCCGCUACAGCCAGGUAAUGAUGUUGGAAGGAGUUCCUAUGGUGCCAUGCAAGUGAAACAGGCCUUUGAAUAUGCCUAUCUGGUUUUGAGUCGUGCAGUGUCACCAAUAGCUAAGUGCUUUCCCAUCGGUGAAACCGAAAGCAUAUUAGGAAGAAUAAUUAGAGUCACCCAGGAAGUAGCCACUUACAGAGAUUGGAUAUCAAAGAAGUGGGGCUUGCAAAGCAGGCCUGAACCUUCGUGCAAUGGAAACGGUGUUACAUUGAUAGUAGAUACUCAGCCCUUAGAUAAGCGUAACAAUAAUCUCUCUGAAGAGAAUGAAGCCCUGGGAAAAUGUAGAAGUAAAACUUCAGAAGCUCUUAGUAAGCACUCUUCAAACUCUUCAUCAGGUCCAGUGUCUUCCUCUUCUGCCACACAGUCAAGCUCUAGUGAUGUCGACUCUGAUGCCACGCCGUGCAAAACAUCUAAACAGUUGAUUUGCCGUCAAUCGAACGUGAGCAGAGUGGGAUCUCAAGAAUCGUCGUUAGAAUCCUCCAAGUCUGGAGGGAAAAUACAAAGCAACCAAGCUGCUAAUUCAGCCAGUAGCACGAACAAAACCCAGCAUGGAUCAGCCAGGCUAUUUCGCGCUUCCAGCAAAAGCUUCCAAGGUACAACACAAACAAGCCAUGCUUCCUUGAUGACAAACAAACAGCAUCAGGGCAAAUCAAAUAAUCAGUUUUACCAUGGCAAAAAGAGGAAACACAAGAGGGACGCAGCCCUUUCAGACCUUUGUAGAUAGUUCCCGAUUUUACGAUUGACUGACUCUUCUUCUGUGUGCAAUGAUCUCAUGCUCCAGGAUAGUUUGAUAGCGACUCCUGGGAUCCCUUCAGGAGCUUCAGACUGUUCGGACGUUGAUUAGCAACUGCAUUUUUGGGUUGUUGUUUCGUUUUUUUGUUUUUUUUCCUUCCCCUGCCCGCCACGGAAUGGAUCAUGAAGACUGACGACAGCAAAAUCUAAAAAGCAAACAAAAAAACAAGGAGGAAAAGAAAAGGCUGCUCAUUUGAUAAGUCAUAUGCUACACAACAGGGUCAUUUUAAGGUUUCAAAAGCUUGAAUGUAAAUUAAAUAUAUCUCCCAUCAGUUUAGUGCUGAAAUGUAAGGGUAGCAUUCAGUGUGUGUAGGGGGUGGUACAAAACAAAAACAAAAAAAAAUAAAAAGGAGAAAAAGGAGAAAAAUAAUGUAUUUUGAGGAAACCCGGACUUUAAAGGGGAAAGUGAUCUGUGCAUGAUUUUUUUAUUAUUUUUGCAUAUACUUACCAUUUUAUUGUGUGUGUGUAUAUAUAGAAGACCAUAUUAUAGGAAAUUGACAUUUGUAAUAGUGGAUUUAAUACUUUUUACAUAACAUUACUGUUUAAAUUGUAAACAGAAUUUUCUCAGGAUUAGGUUAAAAUAAUCUGAAUUGUCAUCUUAACAUCCGUAUAUAGGAACGUGAUUAGGUCUUCUCGGAAUUUGUUUUCCUUGGCAUUGAAAUGAUUUACCUAGAACCCUCGUGAUCUGCUGCAAAAAUUUGUUCCUCUAAAAAGCAAAGGUUUAUGGUGGCAAAUGAAGUUUAUUUUAUUUUGUAAAAAGUGUACUGUGUAUUUUUGUGUAAACACUGAAACCUAUCAUCAUCUCUAAAAGUUCAAUUGCAACAAUUUUCUAUAGUGUCGUUUUUGUCUUGGGCAAUAAGCAGUUACACUUCUCUGUGUUUUUCUUUGCUGUCUAUUUUUUUUUUCCAAUUAAGGAAAAGGGGAGAGGAGGGAAGCCACCUGAGUCUUUUUUGUCCAUUCUCGUUGCGAAAGUGUCAACUCGAGUUCUACAAACCUUUGCAUGCUGGCUUCUUUAACCAAUGUGCUUUCGUGUUCUUGUUUUCCUCAUCCUUUAUUCUUUUUUAUACUCAUGCUGAACUUCUGUGGGAGAGAAUAACUGUUUAAGCUUUAAGUAAAUCAUACUUAUAAAACUAUUUUCUUACUAUCCACUUGAUGGUUUUGGUAUUGUUUAAUCUUUAAAAAUUAAAUGGUCUUUAAUGGACGUAUUUUGUAUUGCCUUAUUAAGACCAAAUCUUCCUUAUCAUCCAUUCUUUAAUUCUCUUCUUUCACUGGAUUGUUACCUUUAAUUAAAACCUUUUUAAACAUUGGCUUGUUUCAGUCAUACUGGAAAUUUAGGUUGUGGUUAAGUGAAUGCCUUGAGUGCAAAUAAGAUGUGUAAUUCUGCUAUUCACCACAUGUGGAGCUUGAAACUGAGUUGGGGAAAUUAAGCGAUAAACCCAUGUGGCAUUUGCAUGAGUGCUUCCUUUGGGGAAAGCACUUGGUUUAGUUUUUUUUGUUGUUUUUUUUUGUUUUUGGGGUGCGUGCGUGUGUGUGUGUGUGUGUGGAAAGGAGAGAGAGAUUAAAAUGCAGCCACUUCCUGAGAUGAGGGUCUUUUCUACAAAGUACUGCUAGCUUUUAGAAAUCUCUUUUAUAUGAAUUAACGUAAUACUGAAGACCAACCUGACUUUUACUGGACACUAUAGCUCAAGAACUUUUUAAAUUAAUGAUCAACUAAGCCCGAAACUGGGGUCGUCGCUGAAAUUAAGAAACAUUUCCGAUGUUAAAAGUUUUUUUUACUUCAAAGAGGAAAACUGUGUUUCCAAUGAUAGCUCAUAGCACUUGUGUGAGCGUAGGAAAAGUUUUAAAUGUGAUGUUAAUUUGACAGUGGUUUAAAUUUUGGAUUCUUCUUUUCUCAUCAAAUAAUUGUGAGUAAAAUGUCGAGCUUUUUACCAAUUCAGACCAUAUACAUAAUCAUAAUGUUUAUGUUGUAGAUUAUUGUGAAUGUGUAGACUUAUGUUUACUGUUUAGGGAACAAUUAUUUAUAAAAUUCAGUUUAAUCCAGUAUUAGCUGCUAUUAGCAAACUGUUUCAAACACUUAAGACUUGCAAAGAUAAUGUAUUGCAUUCACUACAAUGAGUGGGGGGUGUUUUUUUGUUCUUUUUGUGUGUGUGUGUGUGUAUGUGUGUUUGUGUGGAUGUGUUUUUAACAAAAGAAUCACUCUCAUUGUUUAAAGCAAAUGUACUCUUUAGGGGGCAGAUAUUAGUGUUCCAAUAAGCCUGUGAUUAUUUUAAGGUGGUGGUAGCGGGAAGAUAAUCUUGAUUCCGUUGGGAAUCUUAGGUUUGCCUCAAUUUAUGGUUUUCAUAAAUUUAUUGGAAAAAUUGCUUUUUCCUGGACUGCUCAAGUUUCUUUUUGGUAAACAGUAUCUUUCUAAAAGUCAAAAAGCAUGAAGGAAAAAUUGAGGGGCCUGUUGCAUUUCUUCAAAUGACCAGCGUUGUAUUCACAAAAUACUGUAUAUCUUGCAAAUCUUUAUUUAAACAGGACAGUUGAACUGUUCAUUUUUUCAAUCUGAAGUAAAAUACUUUCAAGACC